AUGCUUGGCCAGUCACUCAAAGCUUCGCGCCAAUUGGUCGCCAGAACGGCCCUCAAGCAAAAUGCCGUCACUCUCCGCCGAACCUUCAUCACUCCCACCGCAGUGAGGCAGGCCGACCUCGUCCAGGACAUGUACCUUAAAGAGCUCAAGGCCUACAAGCCCCAACCGAUCAAGGCCAACGAUGCCGAGGGCCAAGUCCAGAAGUUCACCCUCCCCAAGCCACCACCAUCUCCCGAAGAGGCCGACCUCCAGAACGAUUUGGCCGCCUACGAGCAGCAAGCCCCAGAAGUCGAGGGCCAGUCUGGCGCCCCAGGUGCGAGCGAGCCAGUGCAGGAUUGGUUUGACGAGAGCGCCUUGGAGGAUGAGGAGCCAGCGCACCACUAG